AUGCUAAGACCAAACUACACCUCAGUGUCUGAAUUCAUCUUCAUUGGCUUCUCCAACUUCCCACAGCAGCUCAUGCCCGUCUUCUUUGUUGUGAUCCUGCUAAUGUACCUCUUCACACUGCUGGGCAAUCUGCUCAUCAUGGCCACGAUCUGGAGUGAACGGAGCCUCCACACACCUAUGUACCUCUUCCUGUGUGCCCUCUCCAUCUCUGAGAUCCUCUAUACCUUGUCCUUCAUCCCACGUAUGCUGGUUGACCUGCUCUCCACACAUCGUUCCAUAGCCUUCCUGGCCUGUGCCAACCAGAUGUUCUUCUCCUUCACGUUUGGCUUCACCCACUCCUUGCUGCUCACCAUCAUGGGCUACGACCGCUAUGUGGCAAUCUGUCACCCACUGCGCUACAAUGUGCUCAUGAGCCCCCGGGGCUGUGCCUUCUUGGUGGCUGGGUCCUGGGCUGGAGGCUCAGCUGUUGGGCUGGUAGUGACAACCUCCAUUUUCCACCUCCCUUUCUGUGGACCCAAUCAAAUCCAACAUUUCUUAUGUCAUGUGCCCCCUAUGUUGAAGCUGGCCUGUGGAAGUAAUGUGCCAGCUGUGGCUCUGGGUGUAGGGAUGGUGUGCAUCACAGCCCUCCUGGGAUGCUUUCUCCUCAUCCUCCUCUCCUAUGCCUUCAUUGUGGCUGCCAUCUUGAAGAUACCAUCAGCUGAGGGUCGGCACAAAGCCUUCUCUACCUGUGCAUCCCACCUUAUUGUGGUGAUUGUGCACUAUGGCUUUGCAUCUGUCAUCUACCUCAAGCCCAAGGGCCCCCACCUUGAGGAAGGUGAUACUCUCAUGGCCACUACCUAUACGGUCCUCACCCCUUUCCUCAGUCCCAUCAUCUUUAGUCUCAGGAACAAGGAGCUGAAGAAUGCCAUAAAUAAGGCCUUCUUCAGGAAAUUCUGUUCUUCAAACACCUGA